AUGUUGGAGAUAUCCAGAAGUGACUCAAUUACCAACAGAGAAGAAGAUGGUGCCAGACACAAUUCCACAGCAGAGCGUAGGGCCAAAUUGGAGCCCAUAAAGCUCCCAAUGUUCAGUGGAUCCUACGCUGAUUGGCACUCAUUUAAGAAUCUCUUCAUAUCCAGUGUGGGAAAUGACAGGACCUUGUCCAAAUCACAAAAAAUGCACUACUUACUCACGUCUACCAGCGGAGAUGCGUAUGGGCUUUUCAAGAACCUUGAGAUAACGGACUCAAAUUUCGACAUCGCUUGGGAAAGACUGGUAAAGCGCUAUGAGGACAAGAUGAUGAUCAUCACUUCACAUUUUGAGAGAUUCUUGAAGCAACCACAGAUCACCAAACCUGAUGCAGUAGCUCUGAGGCAGCUUCAGGCAUCAACAACGCAGUGCUUGGAGGCAACUGAUGCUUUAAAUGUCAAGGAAAGGGAUCCUUGGUUAAUCCACCUGACCUUGAAGCACCUUGACUCCCAGACACAAGAAGCUUGGAGUGAAAAGCAGCCAGAUGGUGUUCCGACGUGGAAAGAUUUCGAUGACUUCCUCAACAAGAGAUGCCGUCAGCUCGACUCGUGCCCACCUACCGUGCCUAAUCAACAACAACAAUCGCGCAGUAAGUCAAAUAAGGCGUCCACUUGUGUUGCCAGUCAGCAUGAAGUUGAAAUAAAAAUGCGAUACCAGAGGGGUCUCGAGUUCAUAACUGAGUCACUUGAUUGUAUUGUCAUGCCCAAAGUUGUGGGAGAUCAGCCUAACUGGGAUGUGGACUUAUCACAAAUUUCCCUACCCCCAAAUCUUAAAUUGGCCGAUCCCUCUUGGCACGAAUUAGGUGAGGGAAUGCCCAUUCUGCAGUCAAGCGUGUUCGGAUGGUUGGUUGUAGGACCAUGUCCCGAAGAGAGGGGGCCCACUGGAGCUUGUUACAUAACCACUCUCGCCAGCAUUGACCGGACAAUUAAACGAUUUUGGGAGAUUGAGGAGAUCCCUAAGGAGACAAUUAUUGAAUCUGAACAUCGCGAAGUUGAGGAGCAGUUUCGUUUGACUACUCUUAAAAAUUCAGAGGGUCGAUAUGUUGUUCAAAUUCCCCUGAAACCAAAUAUUGAAGAUCUCGCUGAUAAUAAAUUGAUUGCCACUCGUCAGUUAAACUAUCUCUUGUCCAGAUUGCCAAGGCAUCCAAGACUCUUUGCAGAAUAUGAUACCAUUUUUAAAGAGUACUUGUCACAAGGCAUCAUUGAAAGGGUUCCGCUGACUGAGUUGUCAAAUCCUUCCUAUUACCUUACCCAUCACGCUGUGGUAAAGGAAAAUGCAGUUUCUACAGAAACUCGAAUUGUAUUCAAUGCAAGUUCGAGGACAAAGACUGGAUUAAGUUUCAAUGACUACAUUAAAGCUUGCCCUGUAGUGCAACCUACACUGAUUUCCAUUCUGUGGAGGUUCCGCCUGAAUGAGAUAACACUUACAUGUGAUAUAAAAAAGAUGUACCUCCAGGUUGCAUUACAUUCUCCUCAUAAAAACUACCACCGAUUUUUGUGGAAGGAGGGCAGUGAGGUAAUUGAUUAUCGGUUCACGAGGGUGUGCUUCGGAGUGGCUGCAUCACCAUUUUUGGCCACCCGGGUGUUGAAUAAGAUAGCUGAAGAUGAAAGUCAAACGUACCCCCUUGCCGCGUCAGUUUUGCGUCACAACUUUUAUGUUGAUGACUGCUUGAUUUCAGUGUCAACUGUUCAGGAGGCUUUAACAGUCAAAGAACAACUGACUGGCAUCUUGAGAACUGCUGGAAUGGAAUUAUCCAAAUUCAGAAGCAACCGUCCACAAAUUCUUGUUAACAAUGAUCACAAUGCAGAUGAUUCUGACCUUAUACUGGAUGAAGAGUCAAAAACGCUGGGUAUCAUUUGGAAUCCACGGGAAGAUGAAUUCAAGUUCCGAGUAGCAGAAGAUUUACAGUCCACUCCUGUCACUAAGAGAAACAUACUCUCAAAAAUAGCUCAGAAUUUUGACCCAUGUGGUCUGAUUGCCCCAGUAGUGACGUCAGCCAAAGUGAUUAUGCAAGUUUUGUGGAGAAAAGGGCUUGAAUGGGAUGAUGAGGUUCCGGAAUGUCUGGAUAGACAAUGGGAAGCUUUCGUGGGAGAUUUGAAAAAUGUUGACGACUUAUGCAUUCCUAGAUGGAUUUGUGCGGUAGAAAAUCCAGUGAAGAAGGAGCUUCACGCGUUUUCCGAUGCAAGUAAUCUCGCAUAUGGAGCAGCAGUGUACUUGAUAUAUGAAGACAGUAACCAUCGGCGUUGUUCUGGUUUAGUGAGUGCAAAAUCGAGGUUGAAUCCCAUUAGUUCAAAGGAUGAUCAUGCACAAUCACUUACCAUUCCAAAAGCUGAACUCAGUGGUGCUGAGUUAUCCGUACAACUGAUGUCUGCCGUAGAUUCACUCCAAAGCUCAUCGAGACGUUUUUGUUCGGAAUCGUGUCAUGAUAAUUCGCUCAUUUCCACACCUUCACAAUGGAGGCAUGUGCCAACGAAGCAAAAUGCAGCUGAUGUGCUUUCAAGGGGAUGCAAAGUCUUGAAUCUUAUAUCGAACUCUCUAUGGUGGCAUGGUCCUAGUUGGCUGCAGGAAGAUGGUAGUCAAUGGCCUCCAGAAUUUUCUCCAGAAGAACAGCCUGAGCCUUCAGUUUGUACUGCAAUGCUUGAUUCUAGGACUGAUCCAAAUGCCAUCUAUAAUCAUCUCAUAGAGAAUUGCAGUUCAUUCAUCAAAGCCACCAAAGUUCUUGCAUGGGUUUUCAGAGCAGCAGCCAAGUUCAAGCAACCACGAAGAAGAAUCACAAGAAGUUCUGCAAAUGCGGAUGAGUCUUUUCCAUUUCUGACGGUGACAGAACUACAAGUGGCUGAAAAAUUCCUGAUCAAGUGGGAACAAGAGAACCAUUUGAAGACAACCUUAGAGAAAAUCCAGUCGAAUCGCAGAAACGAGGUUGAUAGAUACCUGCGAACACUUUACCCUUUUGUGGACAUUGAUGGCAUUUUGCGAGUUGGGGGAAGAAUUGAUUCCGCUCAUGAGAAUUAUGACGCCAAAUUCCAAAUCAUUCUCCCUCACGGGAAACUGGCCGAGUGGAUCGCUGAAGCAGAGCAUGUGAGACUCCUUCACUCUGGACCUCAGGAAACUCUUUCAUCAAUUCGAAAAAGAUUCUGGCCUGUCAAGGGGAAAAGCUUGGUUCGAAGGGUAGCGCACAAAUGUGUAGUUUGUAUUCGAGCGAAACCGAAGAUGUCACAACAACUGAUGGGAUCUCUUCUAGAGUACAGAGUUACUCUCACUAGACCCUUUUUGCACACAGGAGUUGACUUGACUGGCCAUGUUUUAAUCAAAAGAGCUCCAAGAGGAUCUGCCCAAGAAAAAGCCUAUGUUUGCAUAUUCAUAUGCAUGAGCACAAAAGCUGUGCAUUUGGAGGUUCUCACCUCGCUUUCAACGAAGGCUUUUAUCAGUGCAUUUCGAAGGUUUAUUGCGAGACGUGGCAUGCCAUCACACAUGCACAGCGACAAUGGAACCAAUUUUGUGGGGGCAUCGAAAGAACUCUAUCAGCUUCUGAAAGAACAUGCCACUCAGCAAGAAUUGUCUGAUUUGUCAUCAAGACUUCACAUUCAAUGGCUGUUCAACCCUCCUCUAGCUCCCCACCAAGGCGGAUUAUGGGAAGCCGCAGUGAGAAGUUUUAAGCAUCAUUUCGUGCGAGUGGUAGGGCGAGCAAUAUUGACGUAUGAGGAACUAAAUACUGUUGUGAUACAGAUUGAGGCAGUGUUAAACAGCAGGCCAUUGGUGGCAGUGACUGAUCAUCCAGGAGACUACAAAUGUCUUACCCCUGGAGAUUUUUUGAUUGGCCAUGCUCCAAUCCAAUUGCCAAUCGGACCAGAUGAUCCUGAACAAAUAGACACUUUGAGGCGUUGGCAACUUUGCACCAAACUGAGGAACGAUUUUGUGCGACGUUGGAAAGUCGAGUACUUACAUUCGUUACAACAACGCCAUUUAUGGAACCAAGAGAGCCCCAACAUUGCCAUAGGAGAUGUAGUAUUGCUAAAGUCGGAGUCUGCAGCAAAUGUUGAGUGGCCCAUGGGCCUUGUCGAAAGUGUACUACGAGGAAGGGAUCAGAAAGUCAGGGUGGUGGUGGAUGGAGUUAAUCUGCGUGGAUUUCUCCUCAGCAGCGAUGUUAACAUUGUUCAUGGGAUGAAUGGUAAUCAACAGAAUGAUUAUGAUUACCACGAGAGUGGAAACGUAGGCACGGAUGUCGCAGCUAUACUUCAGCAUGAUGCCUGGUUUGAGAAUUGGCGACUUGGCGAGGCUGAGGAUGACAGCAAUUUUGCAGCGUUUUCAUGGAUGUUUGGAUGA